AUGUUGGUUACUGCGUUCCUGGAGUCACAAAUGGUCGAGCAACUAAUGUCGAAGCUUGUGCGAUUGCCGAGUACACGUGUUAAUGGCCUCUUACGUCGGGCAGUUAAAAUGUUGCAGAUGGAUGGCACUAAUGGCUUUCUGCUGCCCAAGGCGCUCGAAAGUAAUCCAGCCAUUGCAGUAAAGGUGGCCACCUUUUCAACCGCAGGUCUUAAUUACUAUCUCGAGCUGUUUUCUGACAACGCUGAAGCGAACAAAGAAUUAUUCGAGGAAAUUUUUGAAUGGAAGAAUAAGAGUAGUAUCAAAGGCGCUAUCAUUUUAAGCCGGCAAACUUCCGGUGAUUGUGUUGUUGAUAAGAAGGCAGCGUUCAGAAAUGCUCAAAAAAUGUGCCGUUUCUUGGGAUCGCUAUCGGAAGCACAAGAAAUGACCGUAUGCGCGGUCACUGACUUCCACGAUCGUGAUUCCAUAGCCGACAAUCGUACAGCAAAGUUAGUCAUGCAUUUGCAUGAGUUUUUUUUUAGAAAAAUAUAA